AUGGGGUCGGAAAUGUCCAAGGACGACACAAAGGCAAAAAUGCGGAUAGUCGCAGGCCGCAACGACCGCGAUGCCGGCUCAUCGACUAAGUCAAGUAAGUCACCUGUACCCACGGAUCUCCCUCAUUGGAGGGAUCACAACCGCAAAACACGUGAUGAGAAAGAGUCUCUUGAUUCCUUAGGAAAGUCUGGUACGGUGACGCCAGGAAAGACUGGAUUGCAGGAGUCAUGUAAGCUACCGAAACGGAAAAGAACUAGGUUAACGAUCUACACUUAUAACGAACGUACACUUGCAUCGGAUGCGGUCAUUAAAGAACUGAUGAUGCAAGCCAAGAGGUUUGAGAACGACGUCAUCGGACUCACCGAGACGAGGCAGCGCCCUCCACUGAACGCCGUGUAUGAUUUUGGAGAAGAACUAUUCUUAGGAACAUGCGACAAUAGAGGAGUUGGUGGAAUUGAUGUCCUCGUGAACACGAAUAUGGCAAUAAACAUCGACUCUUUCGAACAACUUACAAUCCGAAUCGGACGUUUACGGAUGAAAAGAUGUGGUCCAACGCCAGCUUUGAAAAUCUUCUUCGUUUACGCUCCCACAUCAAGCUGCCAAGAAGAAGAAGUCGAGGCGUUCGAUGCUGACCUGGAGAAGAGACGUUCUACAGAGAAGAUCAUACCUUCUACAAGUGAUAAAAAUAAUAUAGCCCUAGAUUCUCCUAAUGGUGAACCAUUUUCAACAACCGGACAUAAAACUAUAGUAAGCCAACGGACAUCUAGAACUAUCAAUCCUCAAACAGAGACCUUGCCAAGCGUAGAGCAAACCGAUCCUGAAUUCUUCAACUACCUCCCUCUUACAGCUGUUGCAUAUGUGCUGGUCGUCAUCAUCACGCUCUAUUUGAUAUACUAUUACAUGGGAGAAGGGAAGGAUGCACAGACACUCAACUGGAUUUUUGUUGCCAGUGCAGAUUUCAAAAGCAUAGAUUGGGAGUGGACUCUAGGCUUCCUUGUCAUGGACAGAAAAAAGCCAACUGUCAAGCCUGGUGUGUUGAAAAUUGAAAAAACACAAGAAGAAAGAGAUAAUGAAACUCCAUCGUCCGUACCUUCGAGCUUAAACGCCGAUCUCCCAAAACAGUUGUUGGCCGAGAAGGCGGCUUCAGCAGAAAAAACCAGUUAA